GUUAUAUUCUAAUAGUGUUAAUUUUAGUACCUCAAAUAACGAAAACUGACAGCGGCACGUGAAGCGAAAAGCGAAACGUCAACUUGACGCUGUCAUUCAUUUGCAGAUACAUGCGGAUUUUGCACUAUGAAAAUAAGCUAAAUAUAAUUUCCGUUGUGUUGAAUAUAAUUUCCGUCCACAGUUUACAACAUUUGUUAUCUGUUUGUGUAAUUAGGUUCUAAUUAAAUUAUAGUCUAAAGCUAAAACAAAUGAACUGCAACUAAAAUGGAAAUAACAAGGAAGAACUUUGCCGAACAAUUCGAUAACAUAAGUAAAAACUUGAAGAAGUCAUGUUUUGUGGGCUUCGAUGCGGAGUUCACGGCCUUAUUAUCAGGAGAGUGCUUCAAACACCGAUUAUUUGAUACAAAUGAAGAACGGUAUGACAAAAUAAAAUCUGAAGUGGGUAGAAUGAUAAUGACCCAAGUGGGAUUGACAAUGUUCCAGUAUGACCGCGAACAUGACACAUAUGUGGCUACGGGAUAUACUUUCCAUCUCUGUCCGCAAGCAUUUGGAGAUGUAGACCAGUCUUUUAUAUUCCAAGCUUCUACACUCAGGUUUCUUUGUAGGCACAACUUUAACUUCAACAAGUUCACAUAUGACGGCAUCCCAUACCUGAGCAAAGCGGAGGAGGCCCAGGUGCGGAAGCACCUUGCAGACAACAUGAUGUUCAAGAACCUCACCCGCAUGCUAGAGAUGGAGGAUGAGAAGCUGCUGCAAAGCCAUUGCUCUAAUAUUUCUAAAUGGUUGAGCAACAAUGAAGAGGACACUAUGUAUAUAGACAUAGAGAGUCCAGUGCUCCGAUAUGUUCUCCACAACGAGGUGAGGCUGCGCUUCCCAGAGGUCCUCACCACGGAUAGCCUAGGUAAUAGUAACAAGGUAUUAAUAUACAAAGAUAAAUACGUAGAAGGCGCUAACAACGCUCCACUAGCUAUUCUAGAAGAGAACCUCAUGAGCCACCUACUGGGCUUCUCUCAAAUCAUCUCGCUCCUCGAGCAAUACCAGAAACCCAUAGUUGGGCACAACAUAUUCAUAGAUACAGUGCUCCUCCAUAAUCAAUUUAUAGGACCAUUACCUAAGAAAUAUUCCACAUUUAAAAAGAAUAUUCACAAGAUGUUUCCAAAUAUGUUUGAUACUAAAUAUAUUUCUCAUGUUAUGGCUAAGAAAUUGUCGUAUGAUGAAGUAUGGAAAUCAAAUGCAUUGCAAGAUCUAUAUGAAUUCUUCUCGGAAGCGAAAUGCAAGAAAUUACAAAAUGGGGUAAAUCUUAUAAAGCUGAGUACGCCAUUCGAUGUACAGCAGACUUACCAUGAAGCCGGGUGGGACUCUUAUUGUUCAGGCUACUGCUUCAUACGGCUCGGGCACUGGGCGGCGUGCGAGAACAUCGGCAAGUUCCGGCCGGUCGGGCCGUCCGAGGCGCUCGCGGCGCUGUCUGCUUACAGCGGCAAGGUCAACGUCAUACGGGGUGCUAUUCUGUACAUGAACCUAGAAGGGGACGACCCGCCGCGCCAGCGGCCCGACUGGCUGCACGUCAGAGCCCUGAAGGAGCCGGUGCUUAACGUCGAAAAGUUGGCUUCGCUGCUGGCCGGACUAGGAUCCGUUGACGUGAAGCCACAUGACAGUCGCUCGGCGUUGCUCGCCGUCGCCUCGCAGUACACGGCUGAUAAAAUCCUGCGUCACUUCAGAGACAGUCGAGAGUACAAGAUAUCAAUGUACAACGUGUACAGACACUCAAAGCGGGCGCGGGUAGCAGUAUGGAGUAGUGCCAUCAUCACGGGUAGCCUGGUGCUAUAUGUCCUCCACAAAAGUGUUAAAGGAUAAACGUGUACAAAUAACGUCUAAAUACAUAUUUCUAUGAUAAAAACCGACUUGCCUUAAAAUGUAAUAAUUAUAUGUUUACGCAUCGAGAUGAUUUUUUUAAAGGUAGCACAAAAUAGUUAAUUUUAUGUUAUUCCGUUAAUUGUUAUUUAAGGAAAAUCAAAAAGAAAAAUACUGAAUAAAUCUUAUUUUCUAAUAAUGUUGUUUUCAUUAACAUCGGAUACCUUAUUAAUUGGUUGAAUAUAUGUUAAAAAUCAAGAAAUCCAAGCAAUUCAUGUUUAAACCAACCGUAAAAUCACCAAAUUACUCAAAAUUAACUUAAAUAUCUUCGCGCGCUCGACCUGUAAAGGCGUGUAGUUUAUUCGACUUAAUAAUACGUGAGUAACCCGUUCAAAAUAAUUUUGUUUCGUUGAAUGUCUUCGUUUAUCGUUCCUCGACUAUUAUUUAGAUGUAGUAGUUCUAUAAAUAAAUAAAUAAAUAUUGGGCAUUCUUACACAAUUGACUAAGCCCCACAGUGAGCUCAAGAAGGCUUGUGUUGUGGGUACUCAGACAACUAUACUUAAAUACAUAGAAAAUACCCACGUCUCAGGAACAAAUAUCUGUGGCUCUGUACUCAUCACACAUAUAAAUGCCCUUACCAGGAUUCGAACCCGGGACCAUCAGUUUCAUGGGCAGGGUCACUGCCCACUAGGCCAAACCGGUCGUCAAGGCAUCUAUGGUUAAAUAUUUUAACUAAUGGAAGAAAAUACGUAAAUAAAACCAAAUAGAACAUUGGUACUUAUACUUAAUCACGCCAUGGAGUUUUGGUUAGUAAAUAAAAUAGUUGGGUACUUACAAGCUUACAUCAAGUGGUACAAAAUACAUAAGCGCCUCAAAAAAAUCUCACAGUAAUUCUCGAUCCCGUAAG